AUAAUGAAGAUUCAAUAAAUGUUAAUUCUGGUAUGACGGCUAGUUUUUUGAACAAGCGACAAAAAGCAAUUAUCCUGAAUCAAAAUUACUGGGAAUUUGUAGAUUUAUUGAAGAAAACAAGAAGAGAAAAGGGAAUGUCAGAGAGUUUUGAGUCUCAUGAUUCAAGCAAAAUAUUUGAAAUGUUUUCUCAGCCUAUUAGCAAUUACUUUAAUAAGGAAGUCUUCGAAGGGUUAAUGGAACCCGAACAACUCCAAAAAAAAUGGAGGAUAUUCAAAGCUGCUCUAAAUAUCUAA